AUGGCCAUGGCCAAUGCCAAUGCUGGAGCAGCCUUUGGUUGGAGGACGUGCCGGAUUGUGCCUGAAGCACCCACGGAACAGCCCAAGUACACCGGGAUUACCAUCGUCUCUCGUCAAAUUCAUGAGCUGGCUGCACAGAGGACAUACACCAAGGCGGCUCGCUUCCAACCCAGUGCUUUGGCGCGCAUCCAACCACACACGUUGCGACUACUUGAAUGGC